AAAUCCUCCCUACUCAAAGUUCCAAAACAGUAAUUAAACUUGAAAACUGAGACGAACAGAGACCUUAAAAAAAUUCAAUGGUGGAGGGUUAACAGAAAAAAAUGCAUCCUCAAGGACCUCAACACAGUUAAACACCGGGAAGAAGAUGGGGAAGCUUGGGUGCGGCGUCGAUGGGGUUUUAAAUGAAGCCAAGUUCAGUGAACCACUGCCGUGGAUCGGUGUCUACAUAGCAGCGGCGUCUCUCGCCUGUGCGGUGGCUAUGGCUGCCGACGUUAUCCAUGGAUUCCGCCAUUGGAAACUCUGGUUCCCUUGCAAAUUCUUCACCAUCAACGCCACUUCGUUGACAAUAAUAACCGUGGCUGUCAAACUAUCGGUUGAUUUGAACACUCCCAUGCCUCGGGGACAAGAUCAGCUCGCGAAGCUCAGCAGCACCGCCUUGAUCUGCACAGUAAUGGGUAACUCUAUGCCUUCUAUAGGAACCAUGGAGAACAAAGAAAUACUUACCAAUAUUAUAGCUUUGGGUAUACUUGUGGUUACUGUUGUAGUCAAUAUCUGCAUUCAGCUUGGUACUGGUGUCAUCUUUGUGUUUGAAUUGGAGCAUGCUGUCAUAAUGUUUCUCAUGCUUGUUUUGCUAAUUGUUUUAAGCUUUUCGGCUUUGACCGUUCCGACGAUUAAGCAUUAUUUAGAACUUAAAUACAAAAAGAAGUAUGAAAUGGCUCAGAAAGAAUGCUCAGUGGCCAAUGAAACCAACAAGUCAUUAGAGGAUAAGCUCAGAGAAGCGCUGAUGAGAUAUUGGAUGAUGGCUCAUACUUGUAGUCCUCAGUUUGUUAUUGGCAGAUCAGUUACAUGUACUGCCUCGGGUGCCUUGUGUCUGUUGAGUGCUGCGACGUUAGCCGAAGCCAUGGUUCGGUUUUAUCUGAUGCCGGGUUCGUUUAAGUUCUGCAAGGGGGAUUCUGAUUAUAAGUGGUCAAUCAAUUUAGUGCUACUUACACAGGCUUUUGCAGUUGGGAUGGGUACAAUUGCCCCUGCAAUGAGAUGGUUUCUUGCCAUCAAUUUCAGGUGUCCAACGAGAAACAAGAUGAAAGGUAAGACCACCAGAGGGUACAAACUAGAAGAAUACUGGAUUAGGAUAUUGGUGGAGAUGAAAGAGUGCCCGUUGAACAUACCGGUACAUAAUCGGCUAUGCAGGAGAAUUGCCCAUGAUGCAAAAGUCAAAUGUCUGAACUUGUGUAUUGGGAUUCAGGCUGGAAUUGUGUUCAUCAGCAAAGUAAUUCGUCUCAUCUCGGUUUUUAUUAUGUCUGUGAUUUUGUUAAGCUACGACUACUUUAGAGACCGGCUGAUGAAAUUCACACCUGACAACAGCAUUGGAAAUGACUCAGGGUCAGAGUUACCCCAUAGCUCAAAGCUGGAUCUCAGUCGUUUUGUUUUACAUCUUGAAGGUGAAGAAUCGCUGGUUGAGCUAAUGAUGAAGGAUAAUCGAGAUGCUACUGAUUACUGGAGGCGGAAAGCAAAGAAGAGACAACCGAAAUAUCUCAUGGAACUGUUGGAACUAUCAAGACCUUGUGAAGGAUUCAAGGGACUUACUGAGUUUGAUAGUUUCAAAGUACCCUCUCUAGAUACCGAAGAAGCUCCGAAUUGUUGGUCUCUUUCUUUGGUGACACUGACGGGCAUCGCAAUUGCAGUUCCAAACAUCGAAAGGUGCUCGAUGAAACGUCUUAUAGCUGGAGUAAAUGAAGGUUUGGUGUAUGUCAGAAACAUUGAGGAUAUGCAAGGGAAUAUGGUAAACAGCAGGAAGGCCGCGGAUGUUGUGUGGCUAGGAGUUGAGUUGUAUCAUAGGUGGCUAGAUGUCGACCUUCGCAAACUGUCUCUCCAAGGAAAAAACACAAAUGAAAUACUGCAAGUACUUUCUGAUUCAGCAAAGAGCAUAUUCAUGGAGUUUAAGAAGUGCAAUGCGAAUCUGUGCCUACUGGAUGACCCUUCAAAGUGGCCUAUCAAAGUAUUGGCUGCUAAUUCCAUGUAUAGAAUAUGUCAAUCCAUUUUGCUAGACUACGAAGCCAAACAUUACAGGAUGGAGGAAAAAUUAUUCGAAGCCAUAACCGUGAUGGUUUCCGAUAUAUUGGCUGCUUGUCUCACCAACUUAAAGCAGUUCAUUACGGUCAAGUGUUCGACCACCGCGAUAGAAGAAAGGGAAAAAAGUGUGCGGCAUGCAGCUCAUGUUCUGGGGAAAACCGAAGCGAUUCUGAAACUCCUCCAUAAAACACCACUUCCUGGCUUGAAUCCAGAUAAAAUGAUAGUGAUGGACGAAUGGCGAUCGUUUCAUAAGCUGAACAGCACUUUGUAUGAUACUCCAAGUUCUGAGUUAGCUUCCCCUGCUCCAUAUGAUGUAUACCUGACUGUUGACUAAAUGUUUGGAGGCCAGACCCUGCAUUUAGCUUAUGUAUAUUGUCUGGUUUUGCCUUCCUCAUUGGCUAGUCUCAAUGUACAUUAUCGUCUUGUAACCAAGAGCAAGAAACUCGGUCCUUUAAAUGAAAAUACCCCCCCUACUUGUUCUGCAGAAAACAAGGGGAAAUGGGCCUCUAUCUUUCGUUUUA